CAUUAAUAAUAUUACAAUGUCAGAUUAAUCGUCUGUCAAACUAACUAUUUUGUUCUUUUUCUCAGGGCCGCAGGCGUCGGGCGAACUGAAACGUUGUCAACCAGCAUAUCCGUGUACUCUGGAUGGAGUGUUCCAUAAUAAUGUGCCAUUUCAGGUUUCGGAUGAAGGCGGUGUAGCUGUCUCACCUCAUAAAAUUGUGAUGGCGGCUCAUGUACCAACAUAUCUGUAAAUGAUUGUGUUAGCUUCUUGGCUACCUCUUGUUCUUCUUCUGAAGGUUCGUUUGGAAUAUCUGAUCUCAGUCUUUGUGCUUCAAGAGAUUUCAACUUAGCGAGCAAGAAUGCGUUGCGCUUGAGUUUUGCUUGAGUUUCCAAAUACCCUCUAUUGAGACUUUCGUAUGCCUCAGGAAGAUGUUCUAUGUUCACAUUAUCAAGUUCGUCUUUUGAAAUUUCUUUGUUCUCGUGGGCUGAGACUGGCUCUCCAUGGAAUUGCACCAUUGUUGGCUCCUCGAGAGUCUUCAUCUGAGAGGUUGUUGCGAUAUUUAAUGAGGUUGAAUAUGGUAUUGUUGCGUUUGUCGAGUCGUAACAUGGUCCAAAUGAAUAAUUAGAACCGUAGUAGAGGUGCGACACAUCCUUAUCCCUGAAGGUUCCAUAUGUAGAAGAAUUAAUGGUUGUAUGUGGCGAAGGUUUCGAUAUAUCCUUGAGUUUUGGUGCGUUGGGAACCUUUAUCGAUGGGUUUUCUGGGAUUGGUACGACUGUGGCUGUACCAAGCGUCAAUUCCGAUGCUACUGCAGGGUCAACAUCACUGGCCUGGGUGAAAUAGUCCACUCCAGGCCAACUUUGCUGAAGUGCGUAUCGAGCCUUCCUGAGUUGUUGCUUUUCGAGUUGAGAAUCAACUGUCGUCUCCGGUAGCUGUAUGCUCUCUGCUGGAGGCAGCUUCGCCUUCCUCUGUGCUACGAGUGAGUUUAUUACUGAUAUCGCGAGCUCCUUGUCAGUAUCGAUGGGACCAUUCCGGAGUGUGUCAUAUACGAGAAAUAAAGAUCCCUCGCCAUCGUUUAUGUAUCCUCCUAGCGAAGAAUGAUUCCUUUUUUUGGGAGAAUCUGCGUCAACAUUCAAGUCUAGCAAGCUUGGGUUGAUUUUCUCUAAUAGACCCCUAAUAAGCUCACUAUCACCGCCAAUGAGAGUUGAUUCGUCGUCUUCUUGUGUGCUCUUGCGCUUUUUAGACGCGUCCAAGUGAUCACCCGGUUUGAGACUAUCAGUGUUUAAUUUAACUUUUAGAGUCAUUUAAUUUAUUUUCUAAACUUAUAUACCAACUUGGGUGUCCCUUAGAAAGAGCUGACGAUGACGACGAACGAGCCUGAUGAGGCCUACAUCAUACGCUCAGAUCAGAAGGAUCUAUAUCACUUGCAGCAUCUAAGAACGCUUGCUGAACCCGUUCUCAGGUCGCUAUUGGGGUCACGGUUUUUCGACAGCCAUGGGGGCUCAGCAAAUGUAGCGCUGCUUACGGUCUACACUGCUAUAACAACUGGCCUGGGUAGGCGAACUUUAGGGGAAGAGUACACGAAUAUACACAAAUGGAAAGACAACAGGUCGCUCAGCUGGCAGAUGCGCUUGUUGUUGGUGCUCUCUAUACCGGCACCGCAUAUCUUGAAGUACUUGAUCUCCCGAAGCAGGAGAAAUUACGUCGAUAGAUUCAGCCCAACUGUGAGAAAUGUCCUGAAGAGCACAAUGGAGCUACUCAUUAGUGAUACAACAUGGGAUAUCGCCCGCACACUUAAUCUUAUCGCAUUCUACCUCGGCAGCAAGUUCCACACUAUCAAGAAUCGAAUAUUUAAUAUAAGGUACAUUGACACAUCAGCCUCCGAGCAGCCAAGGAUUGACAAGCCAUUCGAAAUACUCGGUUAUAUGCUCUCUAUACGUCUCGCAAUACAAGUUGCCAGUCUAGCGAAGCCUUAUCUCCCAAAGGUACCGUCGGUGGAGGCCCCAAUAGUGGCAAUUGAUGGACGAGAAAUGAAUUUGUUAGAGAAGAAUGAGAAAGAGGAGAACGACGAUAUUGACGCCCUUAAUGAUGAAUACACAUGUAUUCCUCAAAAUGACAUAGCAGAUCCCCAACGAAAAUGCAUACUUUGUUUGGAGACGCGGAAAGCAACAUCAGCAAUGCUUUGUGGACACCUCUACUGCUGGUAUUGCCUCGAGAAUUGGCUCAGAGAAAAGAACGAGUGUCCACUGUGCAGACAGCACACGACCCUUAAAGACGUUAUACCUGUGUACAAUAUAUAGCAUAAAUAGCCUAAAUACGCUAGCUAUUGCAUCCAAGCGAGCCAUAUCGCUUAACUUUGCGAGAAUGCGAGCACUCCCAAACAAAAGAAAAUCCGCAGAAAGACGUGUAUUGUAAUAAUAUAAGUAUUUAUUUAAUCGCUGCGUUUAUACC